AUGGCGGCUCCCUGGUCGCCUUUCGCCGCAACGGUCACUAGCUUUCUUUUUAUCCGCAUUAGGAGCGGACUGGCCCAGAGUCGAGUCGCCUGGAAAGCUGCGGUAACUGAACAGCGAACGGUCGCUGGGACCCAGUUAUUAAGAUUACUACAUUCCACCAGUCCAAUACAGAAGAAAAAUGUUGCGACUUCAGGACGUGAAGAAUAUACAGUGGCUUUUAUUAAAAAACAGAUUGAAGAAUUCAACAUAGGAAAGAGACAUUUAGCCAACAUGAUGGGAGAAGAUCCAGAAACUUUUUCCCAAGAGGAUAUUGAUAGAGCUAUUGCCUAUCUUUUCCCAAGUGGCUUAUUUGAAAAAAGGGCCAGACCAGUUAUGAAGCAUCCUGAUGACAUUUUUCCAAAGCAGAGAGCAAUCCAAUGGGGAGAAGAUGGCCGUCCAUUUCACUUUCUGUUUUAUACUGGCAAGCAGUCAUAUUACUCAUUAAUGCAUGAUGUGUAUGGAAUGAUAUUAGACCUGGAAAAGCACUCAGAUCACCUGAGAGACAAAGGUUUAUUGUCUCAAAAAAAAAAAGAAGACCUGAUUGGCAGCAGAUGGCUGAUUAAGGAGGAACUAGAAGAAAUGUUAGUGGAAAAACUGUCAGAUCAAGAUCAUAUGCGGUUCAUUCAACUGCUCGAAAGGUUAUUGACAUUGCCAUGUGGUAGCACUGAAGAAGAAUACAUAUACAAGUUUCGCAGAACUAUACCUGUUCAGUCCAAAAAAAAGUUGAUUGAGCCUCUGCAAUAUAACGAACAAGGAAUGGCCUUCAGCAGUGGAGAAGGCAAAAGAAAAACUGCAAAAGCAAAUGUAAUAGUUUAUGAAAAUGGAAGUGGAAUAAUAAAAGUGAAUGGAAUAGAUUCUUUGCUUUACUUUCCAGUAACACAGGACAGAGAGCAAUUAAUGUUCCCAUUCUACUUCCUCGACCGACUUGGAAAGCAUGACAUGGACUGCACAGUCUCAGGUGGAGGGAGAUCAGCACAAGCAGGAGCAAUUCGUUUAGCUACUGCAAAUGCCUUAUGUAGUUUCGUCACUGAAAAUGAAGUAGAAUGGAUGAGACAAGCUGGUCUGCUGACUCCUGAUCCUCGUGUCAGAGAACGGAAGAAACCAGGCCAAGAGGGAGCCCGCAGGAAAUUCACUUGGAAGAAACGCUAAAUUUCAUUCAAAGAAAAGGAUCUGACUCUGCUGGGCAGCACAUUUAGGAAUUUUUGAUCUGUGUAAUUUUUUCCCCAAACUAUUUGAUGUCAAUAUAUUUGAAAAUUAACAACCAACUAUAUAUGUAUCUAUAUAUGUAUAUAUAUUUUUCCAUUUAGCCUGUUUCUCUUUAUUUUUUAAAUUCUUUUGGAAGAUUAUUAUAGAAACAUUUUAUGGAAUAUUAGAACUGAAGGGAAUUUUAAAAGAUAUCUAAUCCAACUUCCUUCAUUUUGCAAAUGAGGAAAUUAGAUCCAAAAGCAAAAAUAUUUCAUUACCUGAUCCCUUCUCCUUACUCUCCCACCCUCUUCCCCUCCCAAAAAAUUCAUUGCCUGUCAAGGCAUAGCUCUUUUUUAUUUAUUUAUUUUUUUAACCCUUAACUUCUGUGUAUUGGCUCCAAGGCAGAAGAGUGGUAAGG